AUGUCCGCGAUGACACCGAAAGCGAAGAGCGGCGCUGGCGCCGCCUCCAUGGCGGCCGCUCCCGGCUGGCGGGCCGGAAGGGGCGGGCGCGGAACAGCGGGCGGCAAGAUGGCGGCGGCGCUGCGCUGCUGGCGGGUGGCGCUGAACGGGCGGCUGCCGGGCGCGGGCAGCGCGGCCUGGUCCUUCACUGUUCGGCCGGUGAGGGGCCGGGCGGUGCUGCCCGCGCCCGGCAGCCGCCCGUUGUCCCGCCUGCCGCCGGGCAGCGGCCCGCGGGCGGGCUCGCAGAGGCGGCUGGUGUCGUGGCGGUCGCUGGCGGCCACGUUCGUGCUCUGUGGGGGGCUGCUGGCCGCCAUGAAGAAGGUGAAGCGGCAGAAGGAGGAGGACCUGGAGAAGGAACGAAACCGAGGGAUUGGGAAACCACUGCUGGGAGGGCCCUUCUCGCUCGUCAGCCACGAGGGGCAGCCCAAGACCAGCAAGGACUACAUCGGCCAGUGGGUGCUGAUCUACUUCGGCUUCACACACUGCCCUGACAUCUGUCCUGAUGAACUGGAGAAAAUGAUUCAAGUGGUAGAUGAGAUUGACAGAAUUCCAUCUUUGCCUAAUCUGACCCCACUCUUCAUCACCAUUGAUCCUGAGAGGGACAACGAAGAAGCCAUUGCCAGAUAUGUUAAAGAAUUUUCUCCAAAGCUGAUUGGAUUGACUGGUACCAAGGCACAGAUUGACCAAGUUGCCAAAGCUUACCGUGUAUAUUACAGUGAAGGUCCAAAAGAUGAAGACAAUGAUUAUAUAGUGGAUCACACAAUAAUAAUGUACCUCCUCGGGCCAGAUGGUGACUUCGUGGACUAUUAUGGUCAGAAUAAAAGAAGCACUGAGAUUUCUGCUUCUAUUGCUGCACACAUGAGAAAAUACAGAUCCUGAAACACAAGGUCUCCAAAGAUUAACAUGAACAUCACCUUUAGGUUUGGCUGUAACUGGGCAUUGGAGUUAAAGCAGAAACAUACAGGUGUAAGAUCCUGUCACCACUUUCUUUUCUUCCAAAUAGGAAAGGCAACUGUGCUUCAGCAAAAUACCAUUAUUAAAAAUCUGUAAAGCCUUCCCAAUGGAUAUUAUUUGCAGUGGGAUCUAGGCUACAGAAUGAAAUUUGGGACUUCUCAGAAACGUUGUUGGGAGCAAACAAUGGAAAACACUUUUCAUUUGGACGUGUGUAUGGAUACAUGUGUAUCACUGUUAAUCGGUGUCUCUUGGCAAGACAUCAUCAAAGCAUGGUCGCUGGAGAAGGAUGAUCACUGAUGAAAAGCUGUGCCCAUGGCAUUCUCCGAGGACCCCUACCCUCUUUUGUUCUGCAUUGGUUUGCCUUCUGGGAGAGGCAGUUACACUGUUAAAAGCAGGAGAGCCUUAAGAGUCCUUCAUCAGGGUUAAGAAGAUGAAGAGCACUGAAAGCAUCAGCAGCUUCCACGCACGGGACCAGCCUUGUAGCGUGCCUGAUCUUCAUUUGAAUGCAGAAAUGAAAUGGUUUAUUCUUGCUGAUUUUUCCAGGUGAAUGCUGUUACCUUAGAAGGAAAUGAGUAACGGGUUGAAAAUAGAUGUUUUUAUGCAUAGUUGGCCUGAUUGUGAUAUGCUGAAUAGUGAAGUGCGAAGGAUGAAGAGGAUCUGUGUCCGUGCACAGGGCUGUCAAUCAUUUCAUGCAGUGCAGCAUUUGAAAAUAAAGAUUGCUUUGUACAAGCAA